AUGUGGAAGGAGAGGAAGAAUGGCAAGGAGCGGGCCCAAUGUGACUGGAAGGUGGAGCGAGGGGCCCAAUGUGACUGGAAGGUGGAGCGAGGGGCCCAAUGUGACUGGAAGGUGGAGCGAGGGGCCCAAUGUGACUGGAAGGUGGAGCGAGGGGCCCAAUGUGACUGGAAGGUGGAGCGAGGGGCCCAAUGUGACUGGAAGGUGGAGCGAGGGGCCCAAUGUGACUGGAAGGUGGAGCGAGGGGCCCAAUGUGACUGGAAGGUGGAGCGAGGGGCCCAAUGUGACUGGAAGGUGGAGCGAGGGGCCCAAUGUGACUGGAAGGUGGAGCGGGGGGCCCAAUGUGACUGGAAGGUGGAGCGGGGGGCCCAAUGUGACUGGAAGGUGGAGCGAGGGGCCCAAUGUGACUGGAAGGUGGAGCGAGGGGCCCAAUGUGACUGGAAGGUGGAGCGAGGGGCCCAAUGUGACUGGAAGGUGGAGCGAGGGGCCCAAUGUGACUGGAAGGUGGAGCGAGGGGCCCAAUGUGACUGGAAGGUGGAGCGAGGGGCCCAAUGUGACUGGAAGGUGGAGCGAGGGGCCCAAUGUGACUGGAAGGUGGAGCGAGGGGCCCAAUGUGACUGGAAGGUGGAGCGAGGGGCCCAAUGUGACUGGAAGGUGGAGCGAGGGGCCCAAUGUGACUGGAAGGUGGAGCGAGGGGCCCAAUGUGACUGGAAGGUGGAGCGAGGGGCCCAAUGUGACUGGAAGGUGGAGCGAGGGGCCCAAUGUGACUGGAAGGUGGAGCGAGGGGCCCAAUGUGACUGGAAGGUGGAGCGAGGGGCCCAAUGUGACUGGAAGGUGGAGCGAGGGGCCCAAUGUGACUGGAAGGUGGAGCGAGGGGCCCAAUGUGACUGGAAGGUGGAGCGAGGGGCCCAAUGUGACUGGAAGGUGGAGCGAGGGGCCCAAUGUGACUGGAAGGUGGAGCGAGGGGCCCAAUGUGACUGGAAGGUGGAGCGAGGGGCCCAAUGUGACUGGAAGGUGGAGCGAGGGGCCCAAUGUGACUGGAAGGUGGAGCGAGGGGCCCAAUGUGACUGGAAGGUGGAGCGAGGGGCCCAAUGUGACUGGAAGGUGGAGCGAGGGGCCCAAUGUGACUGGAAGGUGGAGCGAGAUUACAGUAGAAAGGCUGGAGGGUCGGCCUUCUCGCCCGCUCCACUUUCUCUCCAGUAG